GCUGAGGGGCUCAGGUGAGAGGGGCCCACCUGAAUCUCGGUGUGAAGGUCUUCCGGGUUUCUUUGGGGUUGGAGAUACCUUAAAACUAUGGAUCAUUUACAUUUGCUCUGAGAUAUGCUUUAGAUUUCUGGAAACUCUGACUACACUAAAAGUUGAAUGUAUUUUAGAACAUACAUAUGGCCAAUGGUAGCAGAGUCAACAUAGAACUAUGCUUCGUGGUGUUCUGGGAAAAGCCUUUCGACUUGUUGGCUAUACUAUUCAGUAUGGCUGUAUAGCCCAUUGUGCUUUUGAAUACGUUGGUGGUGUUGUAAUGUGUUCUGGACCAUCAAUGGAGCCUACAAUUCAUAAUUCAGAUAUUGUCUUUGCAGAAAAUCUUAGUCGACACUUUUAUGGUAUCCAAAGAGGUGACAUUGUGAUUGCAAAAAGUCCGAGUGAUCCAAAGUCCAACAUUUGUAAACGAGUAAUUGGUCUGGAAGGAGACAAAAUCCUCACCACUAGUCCAUCAGAUUUCUUUAAAAACCAUAGUUAUAUUUCACUUGAAUCAAGAAAGCUAACACCUGUGGGGUUGCCUCACAAAGCCUCUUUUGUUGAAUGGACACCCGCAGGCCAUGAGGUUCCAACAGGUCAUGUUUGGCUAGAAGGGGAUAAUCUACAGAAUUCUACAGAUUCCAGGUACUAUGGACCCAUUCCAUAUGGACUAAUAAGAGGACGAAUUUUCUUUAAGAUCUGGCCCCUAAGUGAUUUUGGAUUUCUACGUGACAGCCCAAAUAGUGAUAGAUUUUCUGAUGAUUAGCAAACAUUUAUUCUUUUGACUUGAUUAUUGUCUCCUGUUGAAGUGAGUUUAUACUACAGCUGAAACCAUGUACUUGCCAAUAAACUAUCUGCAAUUCA